CAGAAUCAAGCGGACACAGCGCAGCGCCUCAGACCAGCUGUUCCCCCGGAUACAGAGUGCCUGCUUCCUGGUUCCGGGGUAACAUGUGACCGGCGCCUUUCCAGGCAGGAAUGGAUUUAUGGAUCUGAAACUGGACUCAAUAUCAUUUGCUGAUUUUAGUGCAUAUUAUAUGGAGGAAUGGAUCCACCGGAGAUGACCGAAGAGAUGAAAAGUUGGAUGGACAAGGCCUUUCAAAUGGCUCAAGAUGCCUUAGAUAAUGGUGAAGUUCCUGUUGGAUGUCUCAUGGUCCAUGAUAAACAAAUAGUGGGGAAAGGAAGAAAUGAAGUCAAUGAAACAAAAAAUGCCACACGUCAUGCAGAAAUGGUGGCAAUUGAUCAGGUGCUGGACUGGUGUGAGAAGAAUGGCAAGAGCUCCACAGAAGUUUUUGAAGACACCAUCUUGUAUGUGACAGUGGAACCAUGCAUCAUGUGUGCCGGUGCUCUACGUCUACUCCGAAUUCCUUUAGUGGUAUAUGGUUGCUGUAAUGAACGAUUUGGCGGAUGUGGAUCCAUUUUGAAUGUUGCUGAAAAUAGUAUACCAAACACAGGAGCUCCAUUCAAGUGCAUACCAGGAUACAAAGCUGAGAAAGCCGUGGAGCUGUUAAAGACCUUUUACAAGCAAGAAAACCCUAAUGCACCAAAAUCAAAAGUCCGAAAAAAAGAAUAAACCAAUUUCCACUUUAGUUUGGAAGACGCUUCUACUUGAUCAAGUAAAAUAGGCACAAAACUCUGAAACAUUCUACGUCCUUUUUGUCCUUGACUGUCACCUGUUACCUUCUUCUGUGCUGCUGUUUUAGUGCUUUUCUAAUUGGAAUCUAAAGAAAAACUCUUCCUGAAUGGCAGAGCCCGGA